GCACUGCUUGAGCUUGAGCUGCCUGUCGGUCUCCGUCCCGAGACUUCAUCAUUCCACCCCAUCUCGAUCAAGCAUUGUUCUCAUUCCAGCUCAUUCCAGCGGGUGCUGCCUCGGCGACGAUCGCACCCUAUUGAAUCGCUGCUUGCUUUGAACUUUGUCUACAUCGCACCACCGAAAUCCCCAUUGGGAGAGUGCAGCUGUAGUCAACCGAAGAAAGGCUUCCCUCCUGUCCUUCGACCGACGGUCCGACUCACAAUAUGGUCAUGAGGUUGGCCACGACUGUCGCCGCCGCAAUAGUGGCCACGGCACCCGUCCCCCCCAAUGCGUUAAACACAACCAAUCCAGACUCGAUUCGCAAUGUGGCCGCCACCAUCGCCCACGAUGCCAUGGGCUACUACAAGGGCAACGUGUCCAAAAACGAAAUCGACGUUGGUGAUGUUCAAGAUCCCUACUACUGGUGGGUGGCUGGAGCCCUUUGGGGGGCCAUGCUGGACUACUACUACUACACCCGCGAUCCGACAUACAACGAUGUCGUGCUUCAAGCCUUGCUGGCCCCGGUGAACGUGGGCGCAAACCACGACUACACGCCAAAAGCGCGAGAACUGGAAGAGGGCAAUGACGAUCUUUUCUUCUGGGGAUCUGCUGUUCUCUCCGCGGCGGAGCGCAACUUUCCACAGCCAGACAAGUCGCUGCCGUCGUGGCUCGAUCUCGGGGCCAACAUUUUCAACGCCCUCGUCUCUCGAUGGGACCCGUCGACCUGUGCCGGUGGUCUUCAGUGGCAGAUUUACCCAUCCAACCCAAACGGCAUGCACUAUAAGAACUCGGUCAGCAACGGCGGCCUUUUCCAGCUGGCGGCGCGCAUGGCCCGCGCGACGAACAACGACACGUACCUCGAAUGGGCGACUCGUGUGUGGAACUGGUCCGCUGGCGUUGGCUUCAUCGACCCAGACAAAUUCCACGUCUACGACGGGGCAGACUCUCGCAAGAACUGCAGCGAGACCAACUAUCACUCGUUUACGUAUACGAGCGGCAUCUAUCUCUACGGCGCGGCCAUACUGGCAGACCACACUGGCGAUCGUGUCUGGACGACGCGAGCGGAGAACCUCCUCAAGGGGGCCGGGUGGUUCUUUUCGCCCUUUGAGAACUCCACCGUCAUGUACGAAGCCGCUUGUGAGACGGUCAACGCCUGCACCGCCGACAUGACGACCUUUAAAGGCUACCUGAGUCGCUUCAUGUGGCAGAGCGUGAAACUCGUGCCAUCUUUGCGAGAUGGUGUCGAGAAGCUGCUGUUUCCCUCGGCCAAGGCAGCGGCGGUCUCAUGUUCGGGCGGCGUGGAUGGCCAUUCCUGUGGCCAGCGAUGGUACGUCCAUGGCUUUGACGGCGUCACGGGGUUGGGUCAGCAGAUGUGCGCGCUGGAGACAAUCCAAGGCCUUCUUAUAGACGACGUCGACCCUCCGCUCAAAGGUGACAAGAUCAAGGUCGUCCGCGAUACCAAGUGGGUAGCUCUUGGUGGUGCCAGCAAGACUGGGCACGAUGGGCCAACGAAGACUGGCAAACCUCAGCCGACGGAGACGGAAGACAGUGCCAGUGUCGCAAGCGCAUCUUUCGGCCUGAUGCUCAUGAGCUUGCCAGCCUUGCUGCUGAUUCUCUGAUGGUUAGUCUCCCAUCCCGCGUGGGGAGUUGUGCACAUCUGAGCGGCAUACAUGAGUCACGGUUGGAAACCUGAACGCAUACACGACAUGAAAUGCAGGUUGUUCAUUGGAAGCAACUACAUUUCCAAGCAAUUAUAGACUGGACCAAGCAAGUAUAGAAUGCAUUUGAACAUAUAAAGAUGUCACCUACUUAGCGUGGCCGAGUGCAUGUGUAGAG